AUGCCUCUGGUAACCUCCAGCACAGUACUACCGGCAAUCAAGUCCCUCGCGGACUGCGCCGAUUGGUCCAAAACUGUCGAGCCCUUCAUCCCUCAGCUGAAGACGCUGCCUUACGAUAUUGCUGAGCAUGUCACGAACCUUGAGGAGCUGAAGGCAAUUUACGUCUCAACGAAUCCUCUCAUCUCUGGCUUCGCAUUUUCUCUCGCCAUCGCACCUCUUUUCCUUCUCGCUUCAGAAAUCAACAGGAACUACUCCCAAGUGGACCGCUUUUGGAGCCUAUUGCCAACAAUUUACAAUGCCCACUUCUCACUGUGGGCACACUUGGCCGGCGUGCCUUCUCAAAGGGUCGACAAUGUCUUGGCCUUUAGUAUGCUUUGGAGUAUUCGUUUGACCUACAAUUACUGGCGGAAGGGCGGAUACAGCAUCGGCUCAGAAGACUACCGCUGGGCGAUCAUCAAGUCGAAAGUUCCUGCCGCCGCGUUCUUCCUCUUCAAUGUCACUUUCAUCUCCACGAUCCAAAGUGUACUACUAUUCGCCGUAACGGCACCAACCUACAUCCUGCUUCUGAGUUCGAACCUCACAGGGCAGGGCAUGGGCACAGCCGAUAUCGUCUUUUCUCGUAUCCUCAUCGCUCUGGUGGUGAUCGAGUGGUUCGCAGACCAGCAACAGUGGAACUACCAGACCGCCAAGCACGAGUACCUCCGUACUGCAGUUGCCCCCAAGGGGUGGAAGCGUGCCGAUCUCGACCGCGGCUUCUGCGUCUCCGGCCUGUGGGCGUAUUCGCGGCACCCGAACUUCGCGGCCGAGCAAGCCAUCUGGGUCGUCCUCUACCAAUGGGCCAGCUAUGACACGGAGGUCUACAUGAAUUGGGCCUUCGCUGGCGCCAUGUCGUACCUCCUGCUGUUCGUGGGCAGCACCUGGCUCACGGAGCUGCUCACGGCGGGCAAGUAUCCCGAGUACAAGGAGUACCAGAAGCAGGUGGGCAAGUUCAUGCCCUCGCUAUUACACGGUGGCUACAAGCCGCCGGCUGAGGCUGCCAAGCCGAAGGACAGCAAGAACGCUGCUGGGAAAAAGAAAUGA